UCCUUUUUGGUAAUGUCCACAGCAAAGCAGAUAAUAAUCAGCAGCGGGGCGAAAUGAUUUGCCUCAAUCCUCUUAUUGCACUAAACGUAAAUAUAGCUUCGUCAGACUCAUGUGAGAUGCCAUAUAGCUAGUCAUAUUGCUCACCGCGGCAGCUAACUAACCGUUGAAUCUGAAUUCUGGUGAGUAAUUACUGCUGGUUAGUUAGCUAACAUAUCAGCCUAACGUUAGCAUGCUAGCCAGCUGGUACGCUAUGCCUGAAUGUACGCUUUGUUGCUAGCUAAUGUAUUCGGAGCAUGGAAAUGUGUUCUGUAUAUUUUUAGGUAUCUACACAGCAAGCUUACUGGGAUCGGGGGUAUAUCAGUCACUCGUGCAGAUAGCUAGCUGCCUGUAUCAGCUAACUACUACUGUGUAGCCAACAACGUUAGCUAACUAAUCUCUGCCUGGCCUGCUGAAGACAAUGGGCUUGUUGCCAGAGAUGAUGUUGUUUUUUUCACCUUUAUUUAACCAUCAUUCUCUGUGUAUUGUAUAUUGUGUUGUUUCGUUUAUUGAGGGAUUCUUUGAUAUUAGUUAACAGCCCACAAGUAAUCUGUAUUGCGUUUAAUGGGUGCAAGACUUAAGUGUGGGAAUACCAUCAUAUGGGGACAGUUUGUCUUGCCAGGGACACUGAACACAGUAGUGAUGUGCAGGCAGAGAAGAACAUACAGUUGAAGUCGGAAGUUUACAUACACCUUAGCCAAAUACAUUUAAACUCAGUUUUUCACAAUUCCUGACAUUUAGUGUUAGUAAAAAUUCCCUGUCUUAGGUCAGUUAGGAUCACCACUUUAUUUUAAGAAUGUGAAAUGUCAGAAUAAUAGUAGAGAGUGAUUUAUUUAAGCUUUUAUUUCUUUCAUCACAUUCCCAGUGGGUCAGAAGUUUACAUACACUCAAUUAGUAUUUGGUAGCAUUGCCUUUAAAUUGUUUAACUUGGGUCGUUUCGGGUAGCCUUCCACAAGCUUCCUACAAUAAGUUGGGUGAAUUUUGGCCCAUUCUUCCUGACAGAGCUGGUGUAACUGAGUCAGGUUUGUAGGCCUCCUUGCUCGCACACGCUUUUUCAGUUCUGCCCACACAUUUAAUAUAGGAUUGAGGUCAGGGCUUUGUGAUGGCCACUCCAAUACCUUGACUUUAUUGUCCUUAAGCCAUUUUGCCACAACUUUGGAAGUAUGCUUGGGGUCAUUGUCCAUUUGGAAGACCCAUUUGCGACCAAGCUUUAACUUCCUGACUGAUGUCUUGAGAUGUUGCUUCAAUAUAUCCACAUAAUUUUCCUUUCUCAUGAUGCCAUCUAUUUUGUGAAGUGCACCAGUCCUUCCUACAGCAAAGCACCCCCACAGCAUGAUGCUGCCACCCCGUGCUUCACGGUUGGGAUGGUGUUCUUCGGCUUAUAAGCCACCCCCUUUUCCCUUAUACAUAACAAUGGUCAUUAUGGCCAAACCGUUCUAUUUUUGUUUCAUCAGACCAGAGGACAUUUCUCCAAAAAGUACGAUCUUUGUCCCCAUGUGCAGUUGCAAACCGUAUUCUGGCUUUUUUAUGGCGGUUUUGGAGCAGUGGCUUCUUCCUUGCUGAGCGGCCUUUCAGGUUAUGUCGAUAUAGGACUCGUUUUACUGUGGAUAUAGAUAAUUACUGUACCUGUUUCCUCCAGCAUCUUAACAAGGUCCUUUGCUGUUGUUCUGGAAUUGAUUUGGUGGUCCUCUGUAGCUCAGCUGGUAGAGCACGGCGCUUGUAACGCCAAGGUAGUGGGUUCGAUCCCCGGGACCACCCAUACACAAAAAAAUGUAUGCACGCAUGACUGUAAGUCGCUUUGGAUAAAAGCGUCUGCUAAAUGGCAUAUUAUUUGCACUUUUCGCACCAAAGUACGUUCAUCUCUAGGAGACAGAACGCGUCUCCUUCCUGAGCGGAAUGACGGCUGCGUGGUCCCAUGGUGUUUAUACUUGCGUAUUAUUGUUUGUACAGAUGAAUGUGGUUCCUUCAGGCGUUCGGAAAUUGCACCCAAGGAUGAACCAGACUUGUGGAUGUUUACAAUUAUUACUUGGCUGAUCUCUUUGAUUUUCCCAUGAUGUCAAGCAAAGAGGCACUGAGUUUGAAGGUAGACCUUGAAAUACAUAGUGUAUCUAAACUUCUGACCCACUGGAAUUGUGAUACAGUGAAAUAAUGUCUGUAAACAAUUGUUGGAAAAAUGACUUGUGUCAUGCACAAAGUAGAUGUCCUAACCGACUUGCCAAAACCAUAGUUUGUUAACAAGAUAUUUGUGGAGUGGUUGAAAAACGAGUUUUAAUGACUCCAAACUCUGUAUGUAAACUUCCGACUUCAACUGUACAUGUUUAGAACUGAUAAUUAAUCGCAUGGUGCAAGAAUGAAUGCAAUUAAUUGAUUAUUGAAUGUUAUGAUGGACACAGCUUUGUAGAACCAAAACAUACACAGCCUCUGCUCAACAAACUCGGAACUCGAGAACGAAUCGGUCCGCGAACGAUAUUGUGCGUAUUACGCUCACGGCAGUCAAGUAAUGCGUUCUGCCAAGUCGUUCACGAUUUAGUCCGGUCGCGGCCACAACUAGACCUUGUUUCAAAUGUACCAAGAAAUUAUCUUAUUUGUGUGCCUAGCAAUCAACAAAUGUACAUUCUUUAAACCACAGUUUUACAAGUCUGUCACAAAUGACAGCUCCAUUAAGCCCCUUAUUGUGAACGAGAGGCUUGCAGAAUCAUUACUAUUUCGACUUUUCAGUUUAUCUGACCCAAAUUAACUUCCCAUCAUUAGAACACUGUCCUCUGUCAAGUUAGCCGAUGAAGCUCAACUCCACGAUUUAUGAUGCAGUUGAGCAUCGACCAGAGUAUUUGAUCGGUUGGAAAUCCUGCUCAUGGAGUGGUGCUUGCGCACCGCUCAGGCGCUCCACGUCCUUUCCAACUGCUCCGCUAAAAACCUCUCCUUGCUCACAGAAAAUAAAAACUGCAGCUCCAUUCAUUAAAAUCACAAUUUAAUGAACACCCAUCUAUUAUUGUGACUACCUGGACCUACCAUUUUGUUUUUAAGUAUUGAAACCAAACCACUUGAUUUGAAUGAAAAGUAUUUGAAUAAACAUGAAAAGGUGAAUGUAAGAAGUUUGCAUCAUGUCAUACUAAACAGCAUAUAAACACCCUAAAUAGGUCAGGAGCCAGACAGGGAGCCUAAGAAGGAACUAAAAUGAAUUAUUUAGGCUAUAUUAUUUCAAUUAUUUCAAGGCUAUAGCCUACAAAGAAAUACAUUGUGAAACAUUUGCGAGUGCGACACAAUAGGCUGGUAGGGACAUAUAACCCUCAGCAUUUAAACACAAUGUUGUUGUAUUAAAUCAUUAUAGUCUAUAAAUUGAGCAUAUAGGCUGUGAAUUACUGAGAAUUAAAUACAAAUUAAAUGAAAAAUGACUUAUUAGUGCUUUAGAAUUCAUUUUUAGAAUUCAUUCUUAGAAACAUGAGUUUGGCCAGUCUGUGACUUUAGGCUCAUGCGAUGUUGCCUGGAGAGCCGGCCAGCAGCAGAGAAUAUCCUCUCCACACUUGCAGAGCCACUGGGGAUGCUAAACACCCUUUUGGCCACUCUUGCCAGGCUGGGCAGAGAUGCAGAGUUGUUGUUUUUAUUUUUCUAUAGGUUGGCCUAAAGGUUUUUAGGCAAAAUAAUCCAAUCAAAACGGAAAUCUCCUUGAACAUGGGAAUAUGCCAGGCCUAUUGGGCCAAAAUCAAUUAUGGCCUAUUGUAUAGAUAAUCGAACAAAAAUGAACGAAACGUUUAAGAAAUUUGAUUUUUUGUUUAUAAAUACUUUGCUACAAUGACACACUUAGUUAUCUACCCACCUCGAUCCUUUCUUUAGCAUGUGCACGUUCUAAGUACACCAUCAUGCUUUCGGGAUAUGUGUAUUUUCAGAUUCCACAAUGAAUAUUUAGUUGUGGACACUACAUCACGGCACUCCCUCUCUUGCUCUUGGUCCUCAUCUUUGUAAGUCAGCUUGAUUUUGCACAUGUGUGUUUUUAUCAAUUUUUUAAAGAAAAUAUUUAGCUAACUCCAUGACAGUAGCUAAAGCAAGGGGCUAUAGCAGCACACAAGUAGACUACAAAUGUAUGCUGGGCCGGGCAUGCCCUGAGCUGGUGAAGUGAGCGAAAUUGGAGCGGGCGAGAAGGCCGACGCUCCAGCCUUUGGGAAUCUGGCUCCGCUUUCCAGUCAAAUUGUCCACUCACAUACUCAGGCAUCGACUGGUGUGGAAGGACUGGAGCUCCAACGUAAAAAAUGACUGAUUUCAGCACCCAUUAAUUGCGGGCUGUUCUUUGGGUGCUGUAGUUUUUGAAGUCGAAGCUCCAGUCCGCCCACACUAAUUGCUGCUCAACUCCAUCAUAAAUCGCAGAGUUAAGUUUAGACGGCUACUGCCAAAUAUACUGAACAAAAAUUAAAUUGUAUCGUGGAAGUUCAGCGUUAUAGUGUGAUUGAAAUUUAAAGGCAAUUUUCCUGCGUUAGCGGAGACUACAUUCAUGGUAAACGCUGCAUAUGAAGGCUCAAUCUAAAAUUAGGCCUACCUUUACAUUUCUAUCGCACAAUCUAACGCUUCAGUGAUACAGAUUGAAUGUCAAGUUCAAGUCUUAAUACUGUAUCAGUCACAUUUGUGAAUCUCUGCACAUAAUUCUGUUUAUAAACUGAACAAAAAUAUAAACGCAACAUGUAAAGUGUUGGUCCAAUGUUUCAUGAGCUGAAAUAAAAGAUCCCUGAAAUUUUCCAAACGCACAAAAAGCUUAUUUCUCUAAAGUUAUGGGCACAUUUGUUUACAUCCCUGUUAGUGAGCAUUUUAUCCUUUCUCAAGAUAAUCCAUCCACCUGACUGGUGUGGCAUAUCAAGAAGCUGAUUAAACAGCAUGAUCAUUACACAGGUGCACCUUGUGCUGGGGACAAUAAAAGGCCACUCUAAAAUGUGCAGUUUUGUCACACAACACAAUGUCAGAGAUGUUUUGAGGGAGUGUGCAAUUUGCAUGCUGACUGCAGGAAUGUCCACCAGAGAAUGUUCAUUUCUCUACCAUAAGCCAACGUCGUUUUAGAGAAUUUGGCAGUACGUCCAUGUCUGUAAUACAGCCCUUUUGUAGGGGAAAAACUCAUUCUGAGCCUUUGCCCAGUCAUGUGAAAUCCAUAGAUUAGGGCCUAAUGAAUUUAUUUCAAUUGACUGGUUUCCUUACAUGAACUGCAACUCAGCAAAAUCUUUGAAAUUGUUGCGUUUAUAUUUUUGUUAAGUAUAGAUGGGCUGCUGCGUUUUUGGGCUGUCUUUUUUUCCCCUUUUGACACACAGCCCAACCCAAAAGAAUGUAAUGGAUUGUUGCUCUGUUCUCAAAACAGAAGCAAGCAAGUCUAGUUCAAGUUGCUCUUUACCCCAUAUGUGACAACGCUUGUAUUCCACAAUGGAAUAAUGGAGGGUGUGGCUCUCAUGAUUAAGCAACUGUUUCUGUUACUUUGUCUGUCGUCAAUAUUAGCUUGACACACACAGUUUCUGUACUUGAGGGAUAUAGGUAAAUAAGUUCAAGUCUGACUAUGUGUACUGUAGGCUAGGCUAAGUCCUUUCUUAGGAGCACAUACAGUGAGGGAAUUAAGUAUUUGAUCCCCUGCUGAUUUUGUACGUUUGCCCACUGACAAAGACAUGAACAGUCUAUAAUUUUAAUGGUAGGUUUAUUUGAACAGUGAGAGACAGAAUAACAACAACAAAAUCCAGAAAAACGCAUAUCAAAAGUGUUAUAAAUUGAUUUGCAUUUUAAUGAGGGAAAUAAGUAUUUGACCCCUCUGCAAAACAUGACUUAGUACUUGGUGGCAAAACCCUUAUUGGCAAUCACAGAGGUCAGAUGUUUCUUGUAGUUGGCCACCAGGUUUGCACACAUCUCAGGAGGGAUUUUGUUCCACUCCUCUUUGCAGAUCUUCUCCAAGUCAUUAAGGUUUCGAGGCUGAUGUUUGGCAACUCGAACUUUCAGCUCCCUCCACAGAUUUUCUAUGGGAUUAAGGUCUGGAGACUGGCUAGGCCACUCCAGGACCUUAAUGUGCUUCUUCUUGAGCCACUCCUUUGUUGCCUUGGCCGUGUGUUUUGGGUCAUUGUCAUGCUGGAAUACCCAUCCACUACCCAUUUUCAAUGCCCUGGCUGAGGGAAGGAGGUUCUCACCCAAGAUUUGACGGUACAUGGCCCCGUCCAUCGUCCCUUUGAUGCAGUGAAGCUGUCCUGUCCCCUUAGCAGAAAAACACCCCCAAAGCAUAAUGUUUCCACCUCCAUGUUUGACGGUGGGGAUGGUGUUCUUGGGGUCAUAGGCAGCAUUCCUCCUCCAAACAUGGCGAGUUGAGUUGAUGCCAAAGACCUCGAUUUUGGUCUCAUCUGACCACAACACUUUCACUCAGUUCUCCUCUGAAUCAUUCAGAUGUUCAUUGGCAAACUUCAGACGGCCCUGUAUAUGUGCUUUCUUGAGCAGGGGGACCUUGCGGGCGCUGCAGGAUUUCAGUCCUUCACGGCAUAGUGUGUUACCAAUUGUUUUCUUGGUGACUAUGGUCCCAGCUGCCUUGAGAUCAUUGACAAGAUCCUCCCGUGAAGUUCUGGGCUGAUUCCUCACCGUUCUCAUGAUCAUUGCAACUCCACGAGGUGAGAUCUUGCAUGGAGCCCCAGGCCGAGGGAGAUUGACAGUUAUUUUGUGUUUCUUCCAUUUGCGAAUAAUCACACCAACUGUUGUCACCUUCUCACCAAGCUGCUUGGCGAUGGUCUUGUAGCCCAUUCCAGCCUUGUGUAGGUCUACAAUCUUGUCCCUGACAUCCUUGGAGAGCUCUUUGGUCUUGGCCAUGGUGGAGAGUUUGGAAUCUGAUUGAUUGAUUUGCUUCUGUGGACAGGUGUCUUUUUUUAUACAGGGAACAAACUGAGAUUAGGAGCACUCCCUUUUAAGAGUGUGCUCCUAAUCUCAGCUCGUUACCUGUAUAAAAGACACCUGUGUGCCAGAAAUCUUUCUGAUUUAGAGGGGGUCAAAUACUUACUUCCCUCAUUAAAAUGCAAAUCAAUUUAUAACAUUUUUGACAUGCGUUUUUCUGGAUUUUUUGGUUGUUAUUCUGUCUCUCACUGUUCAAAUAAACCUACCAUUAAAAUUAUAGACUGAUCAUUUCUUUGUCAGUGGGCAAACGUACAAAAUCAGCAGGGGAUCAAAUACUUAAUUCCCUCACUGUAUGUUUCAGUGGAAAACUGUUUUUAGUGACCACAAUUUAACAACCAGACGGGAAGAGAAGGUGAAGUUUGUCUUGUAGCAGUGUAAAGUAUGUGCCUCUUUUGUCAGUGACUCGUGUUGAAGUCUUGCUUGGCUUUAUAGGGAACCAACAGUAUUUCUGAAAUGCUGAUUCAGUGGAAAUGGUGGAUGACUAGUUCUCUGUGUAAUGACACAGAGUUACAGUGUUUUCUCCUUCGUAAAAGUACCGGGUACUGACUGCUCACGUGAUAUGCAUUUCUCCCGUGACAGACUUAAUAAGGGCACAUGCAAGAUUUGGUUCUUGGAGUCAAGAUUAAUAUUUUGUUUGUUUUCUACAGUUUCAGAGUGAAGAGGAGAUGUCUAGCAGCACCCAGCUGAACAUCCGGCAGUGGACCACCAAGCACAUAGCCAAGUGGCUGAAGGACGAGGGCUUCUGCCACUAUGUAGACCUACUGUGCAACAAGCACCGUCUGGACGGCAUGUCCUUACUCACCCUCAGCGAGUACGACCUACGCUCUCCCCCAUUGGAGCUCAAGGUGCUGGGGGACAUCAAGAGGCUGAUGGUGUCCCUCCGCAAGCUGCAGAAACAAAACCUGGACAUCCUGGAGGAGCUGGGGGUCCCGUUCGACGGACACUCCCCUCAGGGCGGCGGAGGUGGUGGCGGCGGUGGGGACUGGCACUGCAAUGGAGACUCCAGUAGAGAGUGUGAUAACUCUAACACCGAUACUGCACCGGUUGGAGAGCAGUAUCAUCAGUAUACGAAUGGGAAGUACAAGCAUGGAGGGAGCAGGAGGCUGGACCCUGAGUACUGGAAGACGGUGCUUAGUGCCAUCUAUGUUGUGUUCGUGUUCGGAUUUACCUCCUUCGUCAUGGUGAUCGUGCACGAGAGGGUGCCGGACAUGCGCACCUACCCGCCCUUGCCAGACAUUUUCUUAGACAGGUGGGUUGCUGUUGGUCAUGCUGUUCCCCACAUCCUAUGCAAUGUAUAUGUAGACCUACUUGAGCUUGUGACUGUUCAGCAAACACCUCUGUUUCGAAUGUCAACAUAACUGAUGCUGUGGUGAUAACCGGUUACUAGGAACCAAACACAAGCAAACUGAACUAAACGGGGAGGGACUUACUUAGGCUACCUGAAUUUGUCCAAUAUAAACUUGUUUGUUUUUGCUAAACGUUUUGCAAUGGUGUCUAGUGUUUCGCCUAUAUUCAUUUAAGAGCAGUGCACUGUUGCCGCCAAUGCAAACAAAUACAUAAAAAAUUAAGGAAAUAUUUAUUUAUUCCGAGACGCGCUUUUAAGAUCAGAGUGACAAGUUACAACAAGUUACGUAUCUUCCUCAGUCUCAUCAGAUCGUCCAAGAAACCUCCAAGGUAACUAGCUAGCCAAUCCUAUUAAUAGAUGUAUGGAAUAAUUGCUAGCUAAGAUACAGUAACGUUACGCUAGCUAACUACGUUUUUGGGUUAAUAUUGAAUUGGCUGUUUUGUCAUUGAGAUCAAGAGAUAAAAUGUUACUGUCUUUGAUUUUCAGAUUAGUUUUAAAGUUAGAUAACAUAAUUACAUUUUAAUGCAUUUUGGAGUAGAAUAUCCUUUUUAAAAAGUCAUCAGUCGUUCAUAAAACAAAAUACGCCCAAUGGGGCAUGCCCCCGGACCAACCAGCUUGUUCUCACUGAGAGUGUAGUUUGACUUACUCAUGGUGUGAUAACGUGGCAGAUUACUGUUGGCAAGAUGAGUAAGCAGGAACUAGGCUAAAUGUAGCUCUCUAGGCUCCCUGUGUUUAUGAUCUGACUGGCAGGAUUACAGAUUGUCAUAGAGCCUAAUCUUGGUGCAAUCGAGAAGGCGGCUUGCCUUUUGCGUUAACCUCAUGCAGGUUUGUCAGGUGUGUUUUUCCAGUUGCACAAGUUUAGGCUUGCUGUUUGCAUAGAAAUCUACUAGGCUAUUUCAUUUUUCCAAUGAAGUAAUGUUGAUAGGGUAAUACUCCUCAUCAUCAUCAUAUUCAUAUUAUUAGUAUUAUUGGCUAUUAUUAUCUGUUAAUAGGCUAAAGUGACACUUCAUAAACAUUAGCCAAGCCUGGGAAAAUCAUCUAAAUGCACAAUACAAGGCAGUUUGCAUUAAGUAGAUUAGCCAAUAACCAUUUCUUUCUCUUAACAGUGUACCUAGAAUACCAUGGGCCUUUGCCAUGGCAGAGGCAUGUGGCGUGAUCCUGUGUAAUAUCUGGCUGCUAGUUCUGCUGCUGCACAAGCACAGGUAGAGUACUGACUACUGACUGGUCCAUAGGAAAACUUGUUCAUCACACAGAUAGCCUAAACAUUAUUUAAACUAGUAUCUAGAAUUUCUCUAUGAAAUUAAGAGAAUUGUGGAAUGUUUUACCUAGUCCAUAGUUUUUUUUACUUGUCCUUGGGAACACCCAGCCGUUCGAUGUAUUUGAAAUAUUCCAGAGCUAGCCCACCUCAUUCAAAUGAUCAACUAACUAUUAUGCUUUCGACUACUUGAAUCAGGUGAGUUAGUUCAGGGCUACAACAAAAUUGUGAAACUUCCGGGGGACAGAUUUGAAAACCACAGGUCUAGUUCAUGUGUAAUGUAUGCUCUGCUGAAGGUCUGUUCUGCUGCGGCGCCUGUGCAGCCUCAUGGGGACAGUGUUCAUGCUGCGUUGCAUCACCAUGUUCGUCACCUCCCUGUCAGUGCCAGGACAGCACCUGCAGUGCUCAGGAAAGGUACUACAGCUCCACACACAUCAGCAUUCCCUCCAGGUUGAGGAUGAUCUUUUCAUAACACGUGUCGCUUUUUAUAGUUACAAUCUAUGGGUAGCAAUUUUCUUUAGCAAUUUUCACUCUUCUCACGACAGGGUCAAAUCUCAAUAGUGACUCUUUCCUUCUCUUUCCCCCCCAGAUUUAUGGUGAUAUGUGGGCCAAACUGCAUCGAGCUCUGGCCAUCUGGAGUGGAUUUGGAAUGUCUCUCACAGGUGUCCACACAUGUGGUGACUACAUGUUCAGCGGUCACACAGUGGUCAUCACCAUGCUCAACUUCUUUGUGACAGAAUGUAAGUCUUCCAUAUCUUUUUACUGUUACUUUCACUGUCACCUGUUGCAGACAAUAAUUAUCCUUGACUGUAGUGGGAAGAACUUAUGUACGUCAUGUGUUGUCCCUUUGCUGCCCUCAUGUGUCCAUUAGCUGUAACUGCACAAAAGGCGUCAAGACCAGCCCACUGACAAUAUAAUAAUAUAUGCCAUUUAUUUACCUGACGCUUUUGUCCAAAGCGACUUAGUCAUGCAUGCAUACAUUUUCCGUAUGGGUGACCCCAGUGGGAAUCAAACCCACGAUCCUGGCGUUGCAAGUGUCACCCUCUACCAACUGAGCCACCGAUAACCACUGACAGAUUUAAACUGUUUUACAGCAGCAAGUGUGCUAACGAAAACCAGAAGGAGAGCACACAUACCACCUAUUUUAAAGUCCCCGCAUUGGUUGCCUGCUAGUUUUAGAGUUCAUUUAAAAAUGUUUUUAAAGCUUUUCAAAGCACUACGUGGCCUUGCACCCGAAUACGUGUCUGAUAUGCUUUUAAGAUAUGUGUCCAGUCGGUCCCUCAGAUCCUCUGGCACCGGCCUUUUAGUUCCAAAGGUUAGGCUGCCUUCAGCCAUUAUGGUUCUGGCCUUUGGAACAGCCUACCAGAGGGGAGGGGCCUCAGAAACUGUAGACAUUUUAAAAAAAAGAUCUUAAGACACCUUUUUAGCCAUACUUUUACAUAGUGUGCUUUUAGCCAUACUAUUUUAUCCCAUUCUAUACAUCUUAUUUAUUUUAAUUCUUUAGUCUCAUGUCCACUGUUAUUUUGUUUUACUAUUUGAAUUUCUCUCAUUUUAGAAAAUGUAUUAGGUUUUUAUCUUCUCAUCUUUUUUGUUUUAUUUGUUAAGCACUUUGAAAUGCAUCCUCUGUGAGAGAUGUGCUCUAUAAAUAAAGUUUGAUUGAUUUGAAAAUCGCAUACAGAUAAUGGAUCUACACUGAGACCAGAAUCAAUAAAGAUGUGUCAUUCAAUGCACUGUGAGGCAAUAGGGCUCUGGUCAAAAGUAGUGCGCAAUGUAUAGGGUGUCAUUUGGUACACAACCUGAGUUUAACAUGACAGAAAUUCAACAUUCUAACGCAUCAAUUUGCUGAUUUUACUUCAACAGACACACCGAGGGGUUGGAACUUCAUCCACACCUUAUCCUGGGUCCUUAACUUGUUUGGGAUCUUCUUUAUCCUGGCAGCCCAUGAACACUACUCCAUUGACGUCUUCAUAGCCUUCUACAUCACCACCAGGCUGUUCCUGUACUACCACACGCUGGCUAACACCAGGGCGUACCAGCAGAGUCGCAGGGCCCGCAUCUGGUUCCCCAUGUUCUCCUUCUUCGAAUGCAACGUCAACGGCCCCGUGCCCAACGAGUACGGCUGGCCCUUCUCUAAACCCGCCAUGAUCAGGAGGUUGAUUGGGUACUAGGUGGUAGAGGACACCGGUCCGCGAUGCAGCCACAAGGACAUUGAUCUCAUCUAAUAGACACUACUGUUGACUGAGCCCUGGCGUGCUAUUUUUGCUACUGCCCUCUGAAAGAAGUUGCUAACUGUGGUUAUGUGAUAUCGACUUCAUAUUCCAAUAUCUACAAGAGAACUGAGAUGGCUUGUGGGAUCCUAUUGGUGCCAUGGUGUGACCGGGUACAGACUGAGAGAGGGAUUAAAGGAAGGCUUGCGUCUAAAAUGGCACCCUAUUC